UACGCUUCGAAUGACAAACUUUACUAGGAUAACAAACACACAAUCCCGUAACCGGACUCUAAAUUCCCAGCACUGCCAGCAAAUCGAAUUACAUUUAAGGUUUAAAAGCUACAAUAAGUGUUAAUCUGCAAUGGAGUUCCUGGACCCAAAGCUCCACAGCAUCGACAAGUUGUGCGCACAAUUCGAAGAGUAUAAAAAGAACCGUGAUGAAGAGCAUUCGGAACUGGAGAACAAUCUGAAGACCAAGUUCAAUAUGGAAGACGAACUUAGGGAGCUCAACGUCAAAAUGGAAACUUUGCGCGUGGGAAUGCAACACCUGGAUGACCAGCAGAAGUUUCAGUCGCAUCAAAGAAAGCUAAUGUCUCAGACGAUGUUCGGCACUAUUGAGGCUGCUUCUCCAGAUGAAAUUCAAGUCCCUUCGGAGGACAAAGUUACUAUCCCCAACCAACUUCUAAUAAAGUGCGAGGUAAAAAAUUGUCUUUUUGAGGGCUGCCAAAGGCGAAUAGACAGUCAGUUGCUUUUGCUGCACUACCUCUGUGAUCAUGAUAACAAGGAAGCUUCCUUCCAGCACUGCCUUCCCGUAGUGAAAGAUGAACGGGUUGUGCUUUCUUUCAAGCCGAAGAGCUGCAAGCAUCAUGAUAAUCAGGUUUUGGGCCUUCUGGCUUACAAUGCACAACAGUUAGUGAUGACCCGGCAGCACUCACACCUGGAAGGUCACAUCCCGUUGGUGGUGCUAAUGUGCCGUACAUCGCCUUAUGUGGGUCUGCGAGAUAGGCGUUUACCAGAUAGCCAGAGAAACAGCGAGUUCGUGCUCUGGCUGGUCACACCCAGCGACGGAAUGGAGCUGAACGUUACGCUCAGUAUCUACGGAAGAGAUAUUGCAGUAAAAACCGGCUGUGUUCUAGGUGUUCGAAAGGUUAAUAAUAACCAGGACGCGGACUAUUACAUGGCAGUCGACGAAAGCUACUGGCGUCUGACGUACGCCGAAGUAGAGAAACUCUCAAACAACUUCCGUGACGAGCUGCACCUGGAGGUUUUAGUUACUGAGCCACAGGGACACAUGUAACCGCUGCUUACUCACACUUGCGUUGUCCUGGAGUGCCUUGCACUUAGACUGCUCCGCCGGAUCGGUCAGCUCCGCGAUGCGUUUGUCCAGCAACUGGGCAGAACAGAGAAAGAGCAAGAAUGACAAUAAAUUGCAUAAUGCCUGCAUUACGUGGCACAAUACU